AUGCAAGGUCCUCCCGCCGGGAGUAGAAAAGACAAAGGUUUUUUUGAAGUAUGCAGGGACGAGAGUAAGAGAAAAAAAAAAAAAAGAGGGCGCAAGAGAGACGCUUGGUGUCGCGUAGAGACGGAGGUAUUGCCUCAUGCCGGUGCAUGGCGAAGUCGAGCGAAGCAUCGACAGACGGACACAUGUCUUGAGUCGAGCAUCAUGCCUGAUGACGUACCUCAAGGGUCGAAGGUUCGUGACGGGGUCAAGCAUGCGUGGAAAGCAAAGCAAUGUGGAUGUAAUCUGAUGAGAAACGUUGCGUGUCCUGUCGAAGCUUUGCCCUGCUUUGUUGGGAUAGGGAUAGGGCUGAUAACUGUCUAG